UAAAUCGUCGUUGGCAGUCAUUUGGCGAUUCGUUGCGGAGCUGUUGUGAGUGGUGCAGAUGCUCUUCGUAUUCAAACGAGUAUUUUCUAUUAAAGUGUACUGCAAAUAUUUAUUUUAAAGUAGUAAUUAAUCUUAUCGACUAAAUAACCCAUUUAUCACAAUGGCUGACGCUGACGAUCUUCUUGAUUAUGAAGAUGAAGAAAAUCCUGAGCAGACUGCAAAUGAUACAGCCAACAAUACGGAUCAGAAGAAAGGUGUGAAAGGUACUUAUGUGUCUAUUCACAGUUCUGGGUUUAGAGAUUUUCUUCUGAAACCAGAAAUUUUGAGAGCGAUUGUUGAUUGUGGUUUUGAGCAUCCGUCUGAAGUGCAACAUGAAUGCAUACCACAGGCAGUCCUUGGUAUGGAUAUAUUGUGUCAAGCAAAGUCUGGUAUGGGAAAAACAGCUGUUUUUGUUUUGGCUACAUUACAACAGUUGGAGCCUACAGAAAAUGUUGUUUAUGUUCUUGUAAUGUGUCACACACGAGAAUUGGCAUUCCAAAUAAGCAAAGAGUAUGAACGUUUUAGUAAAUACAUGCCCAAUAUAAAAGUUGGGGUGUUUUUUGGGGGACUUCCAAUUCAGAAGGACGAGGAAGUACUAAAAAACAAUUGUCCACAUAUUGUUGUUGGAACUCCAGGAAGAAUACUUGCUCUUGUUAGAUCCAAGAAACUCAAUUUGAAACAUCUUAAACACUUUAUUCUGGAUGAGUGCGACAAAAUGCUGGAAUUAUUGGAUAUGAGGAGGGAUGUCCAAGAAAUUUAUCGUAAUACACCUCACGAUAAGCAAGUGAUGAUGUUCAGCGCCACUCUUAGCAAAGAAAUUCGUCCUGUUUGCAAGAAAUUUAUGCAAGAUCCAAUGGAAGUUUAUGUGGAUGAUGAAGCAAAACUGACUUUACACGGUCUUCAACAGCAUUAUGUAAAACUGAAGGAAAAUGAAAAAAAUAAAAAACUCUUUGAAUUACUUGACGUUUUAGAAUUUAAUCAGGUUGUGAUAUUUGUAAAGUCAGUGCAAAGGUGUGUGGCAUUGGCACAAUUACUAACGGAACAAAAUUUCCCUGCCAUCGGCAUUCAUCGAGGCAUGAAUCAAGAAGAAAGAUUGUCACGUUAUCAGCAAUUUAAAGAUUUUCAGAAGCGUAUUCUUGUUGCAACGAAUCUUUUUGGUCGUGGAAUGGACAUUGAAAGGGUAAACAUCGUGUUCAAUUACGAUAUGCCUGAGGAUUCAGACACGUAUUUGCACAGAGUGGCGCGAGCCGGACGAUUCGGUACAAAAGGCCUCGCUAUAACAUUCGUUUCUGAAGAAAGUGACGCAAAGAUUCUAAACGAAGUUCAAGAUAGAUUUGAUGUGAAUAUUACUCAGCUACCCGAUGAAAUAGAUCUCAGUUCAUACAUUGAAGGUCGAUAGUGCUAUUGAGACUGAUGAUGAUUCCAUUUUUGUAAUUCUUGGAUGAAUUAGCUAUAGUAUUAGGUUUAAUUUUAAAUUCAUGUUCAUUAUUGUUUUUAUUGAUUGUGUGAUUGAUUAAUUUGGAAUAAUAGUUUGUUCAGUAUAUGUUUAUCGUAAUAAAACAAAGACAAAGUAAUAAUAGUAA